AUGGAUGAAAUAAUGGAAGAUGGUAAUCUUAUAGAUAAAGUUCGUAUCUUGCUUCAACGAGACAUGCAACAUUAUCAGUCAACGCAAACAAUUUUACGAGGAUCAAUUUGUGAAAAAGUUAGUGGAGGACAACUUGAUUUUCCACGUUAUACAUCAUUUGCAUCAAUUAAAAUUGUCCAAUGGUGGGAAGCUGAAUUUUUAAUAACAUUUCGACAUGAUUCUGGUCUCUGGGCUUCAUCUCAAAUAUCAACAAUUGAAAAUAAAGAAGCUUUAAAAGAAAAUAAACCAUCUGAAUUUAUUAAAUUAAUUGUUGAUACAUCUGGACAAUAUAUUGAACAUUUGCAUAAAUUAGUUCAAGAAUCAUUAGAUCAUGCAGAUCUGGCAGUUCUCACCAGUUGUUGCUCUGCAGCAGCUCUUUUACGUAACAGCUUGUGGUGCUACACACAGCAAAAUACUGGAAAAAAAAUUAAAACAAAGAGACUUCACAAGUGUUAUAAAACAUUUCAAGAAAUGUCUGAAGCAAUUGGUGAACGUCUUCUUGAUCUUCAUUGUCGUUUAAUACUUUUAUAUAUUUUUAAUGAAGCUGAUUCAUUGAGUUGGCAUACAGACAAAUGUUUUUAUGAAAAAGAACGAUCAUCUUUCGUCACUCAAACAUGGUGGUUGUACAUGCAAGGAACAAGAGAGGACUUGUGGAAUACAGUACCACCUAAAAUGGCACAGCGUAUUUUCACUGGCAUGUUGAAUGAGUCAUUAACUGUUCUUGUUACUCGAUUUAUUCAUGGAAAACCAAGUUUCAUAAGAUCACCACAAUUUUGGGCAGAUGCUUUUAAUGUACUCAGCUGUACAGCUGUUCUUACUUUAGCAGUAUAUAACACUUGCAAUGGUAUACAACCUGAAAAGGGUGAAACUUCAAUAGCAAUUAGAGAUAUUUAUGCAAAAUGUAAUCAUCUGCUUGUUUGUCUUUUGCUCCGUGGUUCUCCACUAAAAGUUUUAUACGAAGUUUGUCGUAAUGGCUUGGAACAUAUGAAAAUUAUUCAAGAACAAACUAAUCUUGCAACUUGGCUAUUUAUUGCAGCUCCUAGAUUAUUUGGUUACUCUUCAUUUGAAAGUAGUACAUUGCAAUUGCCUGAAGAAGAAAUGAUUAUAUUUGAAUUGAAUAUUAUGAAAUAUCGACCUCAACCAAGUUGGACUCAAGUACUCAAGGUCUUAUCGAUGAAAAAUUUUGUAUUGACUCGAAUGUUACUGAAUCAUUUAAUCGAAACAUGCUCAGAUAAACGAGAAGAGAUGCCAAACUUUUCAAAAUACAAUGCUGGAGAUGACUACAAAAUAAAUGAAUGUACCGGUUUUCUUUGUGCUGGCUGUGACAAUGGUGAACUUGAUUCAUCACCUUCACUUUGUCUUUUCAGUUUAAUGUAUAUAUCUGUCAUAACUGAAAUUGAUCCAGUUGAUAUUAUCGUUCCAGCUUUAAAAUGUGAUCCUCAAUGGUCAGAUUGUCUGGGUAAGCAUCAAGUUUGGAAUCAGAUAAGACCUCCAUGGUUAAAUGCAAUUUUAGCCGGAUUUAAAGACAUAAUGUUGCCAAUUGUCGAGCAACUUUUAGAAGCUGUUGAUACAGGAGCAAGUAUUUACCAGGCAAUGUCUUUGGCUCUUGUUUGCUUCACCGAAUUAACACCGUGUAUUCCAAUUGGUAUUCUCCGCUUGAUAAAUGAAAUGGAAAAUGCAAUUCCUGCAAAUUGUCAUCCAAUUGGCGGAACAGUUAAAACUCAAAUUUUAUGUACAGCUUUGUAUUUAGCACUUUAUGAAGAAUCAAUUUUACUUGCUGAUAAAAAAAAAAAUACAGAUUGUCCUGCAAAGGCACCACAAGAAAUUCCAUCAACACAUUCAUUUGAUCCUCAUGAUAAAUGUGCAUCUGCUAUUGCACUUGGUGAAUCUCUAUGUAGCAUUGAUGCUGAUAAUAAACAUACAGAACAAAUUAAUUUCAUGUGUGAACAAAUUGAUGAAUGGAUUGAAAAAAAAAGUGUUCGUAUUCGUCCACCAGAAAUGUGCAAGUCAAUUCCAUGGUUAGAAGUUUUAACAGAUGAUGUAUUGGUUACCAAUGUGGGACAACAAUCGUUGAAAAUAUCACAUCAAUAUAUAAUGCAACAUUUAAAUUCGAUAUUAAAAAACUUGGCAAAUAAUACAGAAAUUAGUAGUAGUGAUAAAAAAAACAUUGAUACAGAUUUAUUUGUCUCAACUAAGCCAUUAACAUAUCUCAUGUUUCAUAUUGAAGAUGUUCCAUUUGAUCAGUUGUUCAUGAAUCUCACUCCGGCAAUUUGGAUAAGGAUGAUGGAUGUUCCUAUGUCAGUUAAAAAACAACGAGUGAUAGAUCAAAUUAUGUCAAGGGCAGAUAUAAAAUGGCUUGAUAAUUUAUCUGAAGAUGAUAAAAAUGUUGCAUUGGCUAUUAAAGAUAUAUGUUUAAAAGCAGAACUACAAGAUGAUGACUCUAGCUCUUCAACGGAUAAAAAAACCGACUAA